AAUGUUUUCUUUCUCUUCUCUCCUGCAGCUCCCUGCUCAGGCAACACUUACUUCUGCCAUAGCAACAUGUGCAUCAAUAAUUCUUUAGUCUGCAAUGGCAUUCAAAACUGUGCAUACCCUUGGGAUGAAAAUCACUGCAGAGAAAAGAAAAAACCUGGAUUGUUUGAACAAAUCACCAAAACUCACGGAACAAUCAUUGGCAUCACAUCAGGGAUAGUUUUAGUUCUUCUCAUCAUUUCAAUUCUAGUACAAGUAAAGCAACCUCGCAAAAAAGUUAUGGCUUGCAAGACUGCUUUCAAUAAAACUGGUUUCCAGGAAGUAUUUGAUCCUCCACAUUAUGAACUGUUUUCACUAAGGGACAAAGAAAUUUCUGCAGAUUUGGCAGAUUUAUCAGAAGAACUUGAAAACUAUCAGAAAAUGAGACGCCCUUCAACAGCUUCCAGAUGCAUUCACGACCACCACUGUGGCUCCCAGGCCUCCAAUGUAAAACAAAGCAGGACAAACCUCAGCUCCAUGGAACUUCCCUUCCACAAUGAUUUUGCGCAGCCCCAGCCGAUGAAGACAUUUAAUAGCACAUUCAAGAAAAGCAGUUACACCUUCAAACAAGCGCAUGACUGCCCUGAGCAAGUCAUAGAAGACAGGGUCAUGGAGGAGAUUCCGUGUGAAAUCUAUGUUAGAGGAAGAGAAGAUACGGCACAGGGUUCAUUAUCUAUUGACUUUUAAUGUCCUAGUGAAAGUGGUAUUGGUGUAUAUACAAGAUGCUUGUGUACAAUGACAGUGUAUAUAUUAAAAGUGUAUUAUACUCAGCGUGUGAGAUGCACACACUUUUAGCUUAUGAUACUUCAUUCAAAAAAAAAACCAAACAAAGUCUUUGUAACUAACUCAUGCUGAGGAAUGGUGGAUUUCCUCCCAUCUUCCCAAGCUACCUAUCCAGUAGAGGAGUAAGACAGAGACUUUGCAUGGAAAUUAUAAAUUAAGGAUAUUGGAAAAACAAAAGAAAAGAAAACAAAACAACAACUACUAAUCAUUGAACACUGAAAGCAUUGACUACUAUUCCUCAUAUUAUUUUC